AUGGACCGCAGAAAGAUGGAGCGCUUCUCUUGCAGUGUGAUUCUGAUCAUGGCCAUUUCCAAAGCGUUUGAACUGGAAUUGGUUGCUGGCUUGGGCCACCGUGAACUUGCCAGGAGAGAGCCGCCCUUAAAAGAUGACAGCGUUCGGUCCCGGGAGGAGCCUGCAAUCCGUCACCGGUCUUCCCAGUUUGUGCCGUCCUUAGGAAUCCAGGAUAGUAAGGAGUUAAACAGAACUUGCUGUCUGAAUGGGGGAACCUGCAUGCUGGGGUCCUUCUGUGCCUGCCCCCCCUCCUUCUAUGGCCGCAACUGUGAGCAUGAUUCCCGCAAAGAGAACUGUGAGUCCGUGCCCCAUGACACCUGGCUGCCCAAGGGAUGUUCCAUUUGUAAAUGCUGGCGCGGCCAGCUUCACUGCUUUCGGCAGACAUUCCUACCGGGCUGUGAUGGCCACGUGAUGGAUGAGCACUUCCUGGUCUCCAGGACUCCUGAAUUAACACUGUCUUCCGGCACCACUUUUUCACUAGCUGGCGUCUGCCUCGCUCUACAAAGUUACUGUUAAUGGACAUUUGCAUAUGCAAUAUUUGUCAUGUGAGUUUCAUAACCUGUAAAGGCUGUCGUU